AUGCGCACGCAUUCAGUUCCAGAAUCACCAUCAGCGUCAUUUUCAUCGCAGUCGCCCUCCGUGUCCAUCACUCUUCCCCAACAAAAGCCUUUACCUUCUCCCGUGCUACCUCUCCAUGUCACACAGAGCCCAAUAUCCUACUCUUCUGGCAUUUCCUCCCUCACGCUUUCUCAAAGUGCUUCGCAACAGCACGAUGGGCCCUCUCGUGGGACUAGCCAAGAAGGCGUGGUUCCUGAUCGUCAUAGCUUCAAUGGUCAUCAAGAGGUGACAAUCACCAUUCCUCCUGCGCACGCCAUCUCAGAACUUACCAUACCCACUCCGUUCACUGCCUUCGAGACAGAUUUCGAGACACCGAGUUUCUCGACAUGCGUCUAUGCAACAUUUUGUGUGAGAUGUACAACGCUGAGAUGUGUCGUGAAGGACGGAAAUAUCACCGACACUAAUCCAAGAACUCAACGCGCUAAACGCACCGAGCCCCUCCCCCUCCCCCGUACCUCCAAGUCUGAUCCCAAGCGAACACAGUCCAAACAUCUUCAUCACUUCACCCCCAUCCCCAUCCUCCUCGCACUCACACUCGCAUUUAGAGGCCCGAGAGCGGGACAUCGAUCCCCUCACCUGUCAAGAGGCUUUCCAACGCUAUUUGCAUGGAUCGCUGAUGUCGGCGACACGCAUGCACUUCACCACGGACUUUUUCUUUGUCUGUUUGAGGCUCCACUCACAUCCACUCACAUUUGCAGAUAUGUCAACCCCACUGCCCUUGAAGUGCAAGUCGGAACCUUCUCCUUGCAGCUUGCAGCCGACAAACACCCUCGCCGACGCAGUCCAGCGCAUGACUUCCGACCUGGAGCGUAUCCAAUCGAAACCGCACACAAUGACCUUGACGCAGCCCACCAAGAAUCCCCAGAACUUCACAACAACAUUGAAGACCUCCAGAACGAAACCGAAGCCCUCAAAUCCGACCUCGAAGCUCUCGAAAACAAGCUCCUGAACAUGGAAGAAGAAUGGAGUGUAGGCGAGAACCAGCGCGCCCACCUCGAAUCAGAGCUCCUCCGAACCACUGAAGAGCACGAAACCCACAUCACAUCCCUAACAGCCGAACUCACCUUUGCCCACGAAAACAUCUCCCGUCUCGAAACCAACAUCAAAGAGCGCGACGACUCCAUCUCAAACCUCACCACCACCCUCCUCUCACACAGAGACGAAGCCGAAUCCCUCCGCGAAGAACUUGCCACCCUCAAAGUCGAGCAUUCUCGUGCUUUCUCUUCCCAAACGCGCACCCUCCAAGAUCUUCAAGCGCAAGAAAAAGACUUGCGCUCUCAGCUUGAAGUGGCGCUUCGGGAGCGGGCGGAGAGCGACAUCAUGCUAGUGAACAGCAAAGAGCGCGUGGGGUCAUUGAUGGAUGACGUUGCAAGGUUGAGGAGGACGGCGCAUGAGAUGCAGCAGUCGAGUGCUGCGCGCGAGGUUACUAUUGUGCAGUUGCGCAAGGAGCGGGAGAGGGAUCGGGAGGAUGUUAAUGGGCUCAAUAUCGCUCUUGACUCGAAGCAGCAAUCACUUGAACUUAUCAAGAGGAAGAUUUCCUUGAAGACUGUUUCUACACCGACGCCUGUUCCGAGCAGGCCUAUGAGGCGCGAGUCGAUGGUAGGAACGCCUUCUUCGUCCUCGCGGCCUCCUUCAUCCAUGUCAGACACAUCGAAAGAUGGAAAAUCGGAUACUCCUUCUUUAGCGCCCCGCGCGAGUCUCAGCGCUCUCAGCCGUAGCGCCCGUAUCAACGCCAACGCCCCAGGCAAAAUGGGUCCUCCAGCUCCUAAGCCUCGUUCGUUUCUCGCAACUCCCACACCUCUCACGCGCGCAUCCCUAACUUCAUCUACAUCCCGCGCACCGUCAUCGCUUGGCAAAUCAGGCGCAACUCCGAGACCCAGUGGGCUUGGACUGGGUAUGACGACGCAGAGGGUGUCGACGAGUUCUGUAGAGUCGAACUUGAAGACGCCCAUUGGUACUGGUGCGAGGAGGGUCAGUGUUAGUUCGAGCGUGCCUAGUGAGCUUGAUGAGAAGGAGAAUGUGAGUGCUGCUGGGUUGAAGAAGCCGAGGAGGGCUGUUCCUGCAUGGACUCGCUGCGCUCCAACACCAUAG